AUGGAACUGGGAAGAGAACACGACCUAUAUGAAUGUGUCACCCGGUUUCUUUCCAUCCCAUGUGAUUCUAUCAACACCGAGUUCGCCUCGAAAUAUCUACUCCGCUUCCAUAUCGCCCCUCAAGGAUACGUGUCAAUCACCGUCAAGCCCAAAAAAACACAAAUCAUCGAGGACAUAAGUGAAGCAGAGACUGUGCUCACCGACAGCGACUACGAUAGCGUAACAGAAUAUCGUGGCUCGGACAAAGAGGACAGCGAGGAAGAUGAGGAAGACCUGGAGGAUAGGCGCUCCAUCCAGAACGCAGACAACCGCACACCGAGUCCAAAGUCACAAUACAGGAAGAACACUUCCAGUACCACCCUUGACGAAAUCGAUUCAGACAGUGACAUGGACUGGUGGCACGACCGGGUUCGGGAUCUGCUGGGCGAGGCCGUAGCGCGCGGGGGUCUCAACCAGGCGCAGCCCCCUAGCAGCGUCAUAGGCGACACUGGCGCCGCUACUAGAGCACCAGUGUCACAGCCACGUGCCGGAUCGAAGAAGAGAGGUCGUACAUCCGAUGUAUCGGUACAGGGCAAUAAUGCGGCUCCGCCUAAUAAGAAGACGAAAGAGAAGACGAAAAAGCCGAAGGAUACCCAGAUAGUAACACGCUUUCCUGACUGGCGCUGGGUCAUGGCUUGGAUGAUCCGUGACCUCCCAAAUGGCAGCGGCCUUCGAGAGCUUCAACGUACGGUCGUCGCCCUCACAGAAGUGAAGCUGGUCUCUCGCAAAGUGCGGGGGCUGAUGUCAGCUAUCAGGAGGGGCUACUCGAGCGCAUUUUCGUACUACGUCAAGCUGAUCACAGCCAAGAUGGAUGCCAUGCUAGCACAAGUCAUUCAAUCUGUUCAGGUCGCCUUUGGUGAAAAAGAGGGUUUGCAGCAGGUCGUCGCACUCACGGUUGUGAACGACUAUUGCCGUUUCAUCUACUUUCAACGGAGCAGUGUACCAGAAAUCACCAGUUUGGAUGACGUCCCGCAGAAAGGCUAUCCGAUUCCCCCGGAAAAGAAGAAGGGUGGGGCCAGGAAAGAAUACCUUUACGCGACGAUCCUUAAAUCCACCGCACCAAUCCCUAUGAUCACUGGUUCCACAAGAUUUGUGCUCUCCGCAGCCACCCCCCCUGUCCUCGCAGACGAGAAAUUGGACUUCACUGCCGAGUUCAAAGAACACUGGGCGAAGUUCAAAACAUGGGUGAGAAACAAGGAGCACUUCCCCCCUCCCUCUGGCUAUAAUGGCGAUCAAGUCGGCGCUUCGCAGAGUCAAGUGGGGGUACAGGAGGGGAAUCCUAGCGAGCCUGAUUUUGCAGGACAUGUUUAG